GCCCAGCAGCAGCAGCAGACUCACCUGAAGCUGACCCUGGAGCUUCAGGAACUCCGGGAAGAGCUCAGCGAGAAGGAGGAGCAGAGGAUGAAAGCGCAGAGCGAGGCCGAUGCGGAGCCGAAGGAUGCCAAGGAGCUGCGCAGGCAGCUGGAUGAAGCCCGCAGCGGUGCGCGAGACCUUGCAUCUGCGCGGCGGAAGCAGGGAAUCCUCCACAAGCAGCACCUCGACAACUUGCGGGAGGAGCACCGGAUGGCAUUGAAAUCCCUGCAGCAGCAGCAUGUCCAGCAGCUCACUGUGCAACAGCACAUGCUGGACCCGAAUAGGCUAUCAACAAUGGUGGACGACCUUCUCGAUGAGAUCGGAAGCCUCCGCCACCGCACCAGCGUCGCCAGCGGCACGCGCAUCGCUGCACGGCGGGAGGCCGAGGCUUUGGGUAUGGAGAUGGAGCCUCUGUGUCCUCCCGUCUCGCGUGCACAGGAGGCCAAUGCAAAGCUUCAGCGCAUGCGACAGCGGCUUGCCGAUCUUGAGGGCGAGGAUGCCUCGACCCCUCCGCCCACCUCGCGGCCCAGCCUGGCAAGGAUUGCCUCCAACUUGGAUCCCGGAUCGCCGGAGAUGCCGCGAGCGCGGACCCGGACCCUUUCGCCGCCCACCUCCCGAAACAGCCUGGCGAGGAUAGCCUCCAACUUGGAGCCCGUGACUCCGGAGCUGACAGACAAGGAUCCUCCGACCCCUCCUCCGUCCACCUCGCGACCCAGCCUGGCAAGGAUUGCUUCGGCCUUCGAGCCCAUGACCUCGGAGGCGGCAGAGAAGGCAUCCUCACCCCGACGGCCGGGAAUGCACGAAGCUCAGGGGAGCACCGCCUACGCGGAAGAGCCUGAGGUGACGAUGCUUCCUGAGGACUACGAGGAGAUCCUCGUGCCCGAGGAGGCUGUGGUGCAGGACCGGCGAGGAUUCUGUGCUGGGCUCCCGCCACGACAGGGCGAGGUGCCACCGAGAAUGCCUCCGGGAAACCCAACUCCGAUCCAGCGACAAAGGCUCCACGUCUUUCAAUCUCGAUUGAAGCAGGUCCAGUUCGAGGACGGCCGCAGGAGCUGA